AUGGCGACAUAUUUGAAGCGAACGUCAAAAUUGUUUGAUACUUCUUUGACACGAUCAUCAGUAGAUAUUAGUCUUAGAGAUUUAAUAUGUCCAGUAUGCCGAAGUAUUCUAAUUGAACCAGUAACAUUGCCGUGCACACACAAUCUUUGUUUAAAAUGUUUAAAAGGUACAUUCGAACACAAUAGCUUGAGUUGUCCUCUGUGUAGAAUACGAGUCGGUUCUUGGCUACGUACAGCAACGAAGACUGAAACAUUAGUUAAUAACAGUCUUUGGGAAUUAAUUCAAACUAAAUUUUCUAAAGAAGUUGAAAAUAAAUAUAACGGUGACGAUAGAAGUGUCGAUUUGGAUGCUGACUAUAGUGGUACUAAUAAAAUACUUAGUGCAACUGGAGAAAUUCGACAGGAAUAUGAAGUGCAACUUCAAAUGGCCGAGGAAGAAAUACGAUGUCAAAGAAAAGCUGAACAGAUAGCCAGUGAGACUUUAAUUCGCAAAAUUCAGGAGGAGGAGCAACAACAAAAACUAGCUCAAUUAUCUCAAGAUCAAUUACUUGCUAAAUCUUUAGUAAAGAAACAACUCGAAGACAAGCACAAAGAAGUAUCUAAAUAUAAAAACUCUUUAAAUAUAUCUAAUACUUUUCAUAAUUCAAAAUUUAAUGUUGCUACUAUGACUGAAGUUAAUUCAUGUAAACUGCAGCCUCAUGGUUCAAAGUAUGAAAAAGCAUCUCUUUUAGAGUCUCAAGAUAAUUCUGGAUUAAGAAGAUCAAAUAUUGCAUUAAUUUCUAAAAUUCGUGCAGAAAGAUAUGUAUCUAAUAUAAAAAAUAAUAUAGAUUUAUCUAGUACAUGUAAUGAUUCUGCAAGUAAAUUUUGUUGUCAAAAAACUAUACCUGUAUAUAAUACUAUUUCAAGAACUUUAAAACAUCAAACAACAGCUAAAAUAAUAGAACCUUGUAUUUCAAAAUGUUCCUUGGAACCGAGAACAUCUAUUUCAAAAAUAUAUGGUACUCAAAGCAAAGAAGAGUUACAUGUACCAAAUGAUAUUGUGAAUAAUAAAAAAAAAAGCUUAAGCGUAGAAGUCUGUGUAUCUUCGGGAGAUGAUGACGAAAGAAUGGGAAGUGCCGAUAGUCACGAUAGUCAUGAUAGUAUUAAUCAAGAAAUUCAUCAUUUUAAACCUAUUAAAGCUAUGCCAAGAACACCAUUAAAAAUGUCUACAGAUGGAAGACAAAUAGAUCCAAAAUUAAUUAGAGUUGUUCCUAUACUUAAAAGGAUAUCUAAUGUUAUACCUAAACCUCCAUCUCAAAUUCAUUUAAAACGAAUUAUUGGAUGUUCUUGGAGUGCAUUUCGAGGUAAAACUAAACAGAGCUUUAAAGAAAAAGAUGUAUAUAAGGAAGACAUUGAACAAAUGCCAUCAACAUCUUGUAAUCAAUCGCAAAUUAUCGUUAAUAAAACAAAAUUUCAAACUCAUGAUAAUAUUCAUAAACUCGAAUAUAUUUCGGAUUUGUCAUUUGAUUCUAAUAAGAAUUAUGCUAAGAAUGUAAAUAUAAUUAAUGGUACUAAGAUCAGUAAAAAGUUAAUGUUAGAAGAAAAUAGAGACGUUAGAAAAGUACAAAAAUCUUGGAAAUCUCAUAUUAGGAAUGGCAUGGUAUGUAAAUCUAAACGACAAAAAACUUUAUGGGCUAAAAAAGAUAUUAAGAUUGCAACAAAUACAAAAUACAUGAAUGAUAUCGAAAUGAAAAAUAUAAGUUCUCCGUCUACAUUUUGCAAUGAAAAAUCUGAGAUACAAGAAGAAAGUGAAAUAACAAUGGAAAAUAUUGCGGAACGAAUAAAAAAAAGAAAAAUAAACACAGAUAAAAAGAAAACUAAUACAGUAUCUUCUUCAUAUUCAGAUUUAAAAAUCACUAGAAGAGACACACAGGAAUUAUGUAGAAAAGAGGAAUUUGAAUACAAAAUGACAAAUGAUGUUCCUGUUAUGAUACAAAAAAGGAAUAGAACUAAGUUUACAAAAACUGCCUUACCGAAAUCAAAACAGCGAAGGAUACGUUCAACAAAACAGUCUAUUACAGAAAAUUCUGGAAAAAGUGACACUUCUAUAAGAUUAAGCUGUCGAAUUAGCAAUUCAGAAUUAAGAAAAACAACGCGAAAGAUAAAGCAAACUAAUAUUUCUAUGAAUAAUGGAACAGAUAUAAUGUAUGAAAAUAUGGAUAGUAAUAAUUGUAAUUCAUCUGAAUCUUGCAUUGAAAUGCAAGAACGUAUAUCAAAAAAUAAUAAUAGUACUGAAACAAAUACAAUGAUAGAGAAAAAUGUUCUUUCGGACGAAGAGAUUAUUAAAGAACAAGAACGAAUGGAAAGAUUAGUUAUACAAGAAAAAGAAGAUUUUGAAUUAGCUCAAAGAUUGCAAGCGAAAUUUGAUGAGAUGGAAGGAAUAGCUGGUCGAACCAGGCGAUCUAAAAAGGCAAUUGAGAAUGAAACAAUUGAGUUAGAUUUGUAUAAAAUCGAUACCAGAAGAACUGUACAAAAAGCAAUGAAUUCGCAUACUGCCAAGUCAUCAGUUAUCAAUCAUACUAUAAAUACCGAGACUAAAAAACGUGGUAGACCUCCAAAACGUGUAAAAUAAUCUAUCAACAUUGGUUGUUACGUCGGCAAACCGCGAACCUUCCAAAUGGAUGUUCCUAUAAAUUAUAAAAAAAAGGUUUGAAUUUCUCUUUUAUAUUGUACAAUAUUUUAUCUAUAUUAAUCAAAUUAUUUGCGUGGCUUGACAUGCGUACCUGGAUAUAUUAAUGCGAUAAGGAACAAAGAACAAAAAGUUUUAAUACAUUCAGAUAUGUUCAAUAAAUUUGUGCAUUUUUUUUUUUAAUAUAUUUUAUUUUCAUUUAAUGUUAAAAGUUGAAAAAUUAUAACUUAAACAAAAUGAUAAGCUAUUUUGAAAAAACAAAAAAUUUUUUUCAAAUCAAAAAAAAAAAUUUUCAAGCUUUUAUUCUUUGUUCUUUUUAAAUUGUACAAUAAUAGGAAACAAAUUUGACUGAUUCAAAAGAUACACAUUUUGAGAUUAAAAUUAUAGCUUUAAAAAAAUUAUUCUCUUUAGAACCAAUACAUAUAAAAUAAACAUUAGUAUCAUAUUUUUUAAUAAGAUAGGAUUAUUCGUUUUAUGAAAAAUAAAAUAAUUAUUGCAAUUUAAUGUCAUAUUUGAAAUAUUAUUAUCUCUUACAUAAAAACAGGAGAAAGUAGCUAUAAUAUAAAUUUUAUUGAAUAAAAUUAACAUAUGUUUCAUAGAUCAUUUUUUAUGCCUUAAUUUUUUAUAUAUUAUUAUUAAUAAUGAUGAAAAUUAUAAGUAAAAAUAUAUAUUUUGAAAAUAAUUGAUAAUCAUAAUAUGUCUUUUCAAUCUUAAAAUUUUUUUAAUUUUUUGAUUACUUAAAUUUCACAAGUAGACAUAUUUUUUGUAAAUUUUUCAAUAAAAAAAUUGAUUAUAGUAUAUAUAUAUGUAUAUAUAUACACAAGUAUUUUGUUAAACGUACUUACUUAAUGACAUUUCAUACUUUCUCUUUUUUAUUCCUUUCAUUGUUUUCUUUAUAAUAUUUUUUCAUAUUUUUCAUUGUCUUUUUCUCUCUUUAUCAUGAAGUUGUGUGUGUAUAUAUAUAUAUAUAUAUAUAUAUAUAUAUAUAUAAAAAUUGGAUAAUUGCAUUGAAUGAGUAACUAUUUGCUAUUCACAAAGAAUUUUCUUUGAUCUCAAAACAAAUGAUAUAUUUAUUUGUGAUUUUUUUUUUUUUUUACUCACUUUCGUAUAUUCAAUAAAAUAUAAAAAAAAAAAACUAAAACCAAACCACAUUCGAAUUAAGAAUCGAUUUCAUUAUUCUAUCCUAGUUUUAAUUUUUGAGCAUUUAUCCAAUUUUUAUUGUAUAAAAAUCUAUAAUGAUCAUAAAUCUUUGAUCAAAAAUAACAUUAUUACUGAAUUUUAUACAUUAGAUAUACAAAAAAAAAGAAAUAUUGUAAUUAUAAAUUAUAUAAAUCGAUUUAAAAAUUUUGAACAUAAUAUAUUAUUGUUUAUUAAUUGUUAUUUAGAUUUUUUUUCGUUUAUAGAUAUGAAGGAAUUAAUAACAUUGACGGAAAUUAUUUUUGAUGAAUAACAUAUGGAAAUAAAAA